AUGGAUGACAGCGACUACCGAAUAUUAAUACAAAACCGGGUCAGAUACUUGACAAUUCGUCCCGGUACAUUCGACCGCGCAACCCUUUCCAUGCCUCUCAGUUCAUUGCCUGACCUUCCGAAAGACUGCACCUGGAAUUCUGCGCAUCUCAGCCGAGAUAAAUCCAGCGGUGAACUCGUGGUAGAACUACAGAAACGAGACCUUGUUGGCAUAGCGGAUGUCUGGCAUCCUUCGCAGGUUGACUGUCUCAAGCUUAGACGGACAAGGCAGCUUACAGCUACUACAUUCGAAGCAACUUACUGCGGUAGUGAGCCGAUAAGCUCUCCUCCUCUGAACGAGGACACUACAGUAAUUGCCAAAGUUGCCCGGUUUGAGUGGGAAAUACCUCGUUUAUCCCAAGAGACUUCCAUAUACAAACAGCUACAGGACACCGGUCUUGCUCCACGCUUUCUUGGCCAUGUCCAUGAGCACGGGCGUGUGAUUGGCUUCAUACUCGAAAGGCUCAAAGGGCGUGAAGCGGGCAUCAAAGAUCUUCCGCUAUGUCAAUCCGUGCUCAAACGCCUGCACGAUAUCGGUAUCCUUCAUGGCGAUGUCAACCGAUAUAACUUUAUCGUUCGAGGUGAUGCAGUUCGCUUGAUUGACUUUGAGAGAAGUCAGCAAUCCAAGGGCGCGACUACGCUGAUGCAUGCUGAAAUGGAGAGUUUAUGUGAACAACUAUUGGAGGAUACAGGACGCGGUGCAGGUUUCACUCGGUCGAAUCAGCAGAUUGAGUAA